AACAAGUGAAGAGCACAAAAGUGUAACGCAAACAAGCCAAUGAAUAUUUUGAUAAUCGAGUUGGUUGUUGAGUUGCUUCUGGUAGCAUCAGGAUUCUCGAUACCAAUUAUAAAGAAGAAUACAGAAGACAAGUACAAUUUUCCACCAAAUUUCUCCGAGACAACCGCAAGCACACGAGAUGAGAAUACAGACAGAAUUUCACAGUUGUCCGUUAUGGAAAUCCAACCAAACACAGAAGUUGAUACAGAUCAGAGAUUGUCCAUUCCAUCACCCAAGUCAUACACUAAUACGGCGUUAAAUUCAGAUAUGGUGUCAUCAGAAAAUUCUUACACGGAUGGAAGGUCUCAAUUGUCCUCCCUUAGGUUGGGAGGGUCGGCAUCCUUGCAUUUCCGAUUCUGGAAAAGUGUAUCCAAAACGGCAAUACCUCUAGUGAAAUUUCUUGGAAAUUCUCUGGAACGUCUUGUAUUAAAUCAUUGUAAAGAUAAUAAUGACGUGAUACCAGACGAUUGCUUAGACUUCUCGUUUAAUCUUGUUAAUAACUGGAAUGUACGAGAUUUCAUCCGGUCACCAUCAAACGAAGUCAUGAUGAUCAAGAAGCAGAAAAGGUUUAACAAGAAAUUGCUUAUUGACGUCAUCCAAGUACUUCGUUACCAUUGGGGAAACCUGACUGACCUUCUAGCUAUUGAAAAACGACAUAUUUGUGGAAGCGAGGCCGUCUGUGACGUCGACUGCACUUUGGGGUCCUCCCUGUAUUGUUCCUUGAAUGGCGUCAUUGUUCCCCAGUUGGACGAGCUCAUCCUUGGACUGGAAAAGGAGGCAAAAAUGUACUACGGUGCAAAGAUUAGUCAGCAGACACCAGAAAGGAUGAACCCCGAAAAGGUCCGAUUUUAUUCGAAAUACCGAGUAUUCUAUGUACUCGGAACUAUGUAUAACAUAAUGCUACAAAUGUUCGAAACGGAAGCAGCUCUCAGCUAUAUACUUGACUUUACAAAAGUUAUGCGACUCCAGGUUCGAUAAGGAAGCCAACGGUAUAACUUGACCUAUCUGCACAUAGGGAGCGAGGAUGUUCUACAGACAUUGAUAAAUACUCCAAUUUUCUUGUUCCUAAUAGAUUUAAGUAUUUUCUACACUGGUUAUUAGCUUCUGCAGUACAACUGAGAACAAUAUAUAUACAUUAACAGUAUGAUAGCCGGAUCUGUCAAUACUGUAGGAUUGGGAUAAAUAUAUAAUGUUACACGGAUAUGUACACAUAUAUCUACACGUAAAUGUUUACAUGUUUCUCUCCAGGCUUGGCACACGUAAUCCAACCGUCAACAACUUCCUGUUAGGUAUCCGUUCUUUAAGUCUAUAGUGUAUAAUGUAUUUAGAAGUCGCAAUGCUAUGGCGAUUUCUGCUGGUGCUGAUAUUUCACUUUUUACUUAUUUUUCUAUUAUUUAUAUUAUUUACUAGAUGAUAUAAUUAUAAUUGUUUAAAUUGAUGUUAAUACCCACAAGUCCCUUUAAAUUAUCAGUCCCAUUACUUUACCGAGAUCAACAUAUCUAAGUCAAUUAAUUCUACUUAAAUAUAAAGAGACUUUUUUUUAUUAAUUUUAUUUACAUUUUGAAUAUUUAUUUCAUCACCCGUCAUACACUAUAUUUUGUACAGUGUCAAUUUUUUCAAUGUUAGAUUUUAAUGAUGCUUUUGCACAUGAAAUCGAUUUAAUCCUAUUUAUAUUUAUUGCAUCGUCUUUAUUUUUAAUGCUCAGGUUGUGUUUUAAUCACCACAAUGGACAUUUUGUCUUGCAUUUGAGAAAUUACUCAUUACCUACAUAUUACAUACAAUGUUGCAUUUUCAAGUAACUGACCAUAUGCUGUGACCCACAUACGUUAAUAUCUAGUUCACCUAUUCAAGCCAAAGACAAACGAUGGAUAAGAAAAAAAAAUAAAUAAAUAAAUCUCCAUUGUUGUAAAUAUGUGUAUGUUAGUGUAAAUUCUUUCCCAUUUAUUGGCAACCAUUUUCACUUUAACGCAUUUUACCUUGCAAUGACGGGACGACUUAACAUCAAAGUUGUAAUAUAUAUUACGUGAAGAUUUAACGCGCCAGAUAGUUAUAACUUACAUGUAGGAUCGUACAGUAGUUUCCAUUUUAUGUCAGAUUUAUGAUACAAAAAUCAUUUUUCAAUUUAGCGAUUCUCUGGUGAGAAUCUUCAAAAGGAGCGUAUCAGCUUGUGAUUGGUCAGGUUUUUUUCCUGGUACUAAUUAAAUUAUUUCGCUUGUACCUUCAAUGAUCGAGGAUGGUAAAUCUUAUUCUAUCUUAUGAACGUACAAUUGAGAGUAGAAACAGCAGAAAAACGAUGAAUGUAAAUAUGGAAUGUGACAAUCAAUGCUACAUAUACCUAUGCGAUUAAAGAAUUCGAUGAUUUUAUUAUCUUUCGAAUCUCCGCGAUAUGUAAAAAUAAAUAAGUUCUCCGCGAAAUGUAAAAAUAUAUCAGUUCCGCCAAUAUGAUGUUUUAUUACAUUUCAAGAUUCGUUUGUUUUUUGUAUCAAUUUUUUAUGGAAUUCAUAAUUGACAGAUAAAAAAAUUCUGUCACAUCUGUCUUAAAAUGUUUAUCAUAAACCACAUACUUGCCAUACCAUGUACAUACGUUUUCCGUUGAUAUCUUUUUGAUUUUUUUAUAUAUGAAUAAAAUGCUUAUAAACAUAA